AUGGCCUUUCAACAAGAUUAUUUUGCUAUUCCACCUAUAACACGAGCAUAUACAACAACAUGUCUUCUCACAACAAUUGCAGUACAACUUGAAUUUGUUACUGCUUAUCAACUUUAUUUUAAUCCUGAACUGAUCUUUAAAAAAUUUCAAUUAUGGAGAUUGAUAACUUGUUUUUGUUUUUAUGGUGGUAUUGGUUUCAAUUUUUUCUUUAAUUUACUCUUUACUUAUCGUUAUUGUCGUCAUCUUGAAGAAGGUUCAUUCCGUGGACGUGCUGCUGAUUUUCUUUAUAUGUUUAUAUUUGGUGGUACAUUAAUGAUAAUAAUGGCAUUAUUUGUUAAUAUUGUUUUUCUUGGUUCAGCAUUAACAAUUAUGUUAGUUUAUGUUUGGAGUCGACGAAAUCCAUAUGUUAGAAUGAAUUUCUUCGGUUUAUUAAAUUUUCAAGCCCCUUAUCUACCAUGGGUAUUAUUUGCUUUUUCACUUUUACUUGGAAAUUCAGUUAUUGUUGAUUUAAUGGGAAUUGUCGUUGGUCAUAUUUAUUAUUUUCUUGAAGAUAUAUUUCCACGUGAACAAGGCGGUUUUAAAAUAUUAAAAACACCAAGAUUUUUACAUUGGUUAUUUGAUGAAACUAGACGUCAUCGUGAUGAAAAUGAUACACGUCCAAAUGUUGGCAAUGAGGUACCAUUUGGUGCUGGUGGUUUUCAUUGGCAGUGA